GUUCAUUCUCACAAAACAAAAUAUUUAAGAUAGGGACACAGAAACACAGAUUGCGUUAGAGAGAGAGAAACCUCGGAUCCAAGUUGUUCUUCUAAAGUUCUUAUUAUUCUAACAACAACUAACCGUAUCUAUUGUCUAACUCUUUCUUCCCUUUGAAUAUGAUAUGAUAUAUUAUGCAACUUUGGAUUGUGAGAUAGAUAUAGUGUGCAUGUGAAGACAAUGACAUUUCCCAGAUGAAAAAGUGUUUCUUAAUAACCCAGCAAAAAUCCAUGCCUCUGAUUCCUGAAUACACACCCUCCCUUCAAUGCCAACACACCAAUACCAUCUUGAUGAUUACGAUUGCAAUUUGUUUCUGUUUGGUGGGGGGAUCUUAAAAAUUUGAGCUUGGAUGAUGCAAUGUGGGUUGGAUUAAGGCAGUUAUAGGUGUCCUACAUGUCAGAGUGAGUGACCCUCUUGGAUCUUCUACACAAAAAUGGCAUUGUUCCGCAAAUUCUUCUAUAAGAAGCCCCCAGAUGGGCUUCUAGAAAUCACUGAAAGAGUUUAUGUCUUUGAUUACUGCUUUACCACGGAUGUUAUGGAAGAAGAUGAAUAUAGAGUGUAUAUAGGAGGAAUAAUUGGGCAACUUCGUGGUCACUUCCCCGAUGCUUCAUUUAUGGUGUUCAACAUGCGGGAGGGAGAUAGCCAAAGCCAGAUUUCAAACAUUUUGUGUGACUAUGAUAUGACUGUGAUAGACUAUCCUCGACAGUAUGAAGGUUGCCCGUUACUUACCAUGGAGAUGAUCCACCAUUUCUUGAGAUCAGGUGAAAACUGGCUUCAACUUGGGCAACAAAAUGUUGUCUUGAUGCACUGCGAACGAGGUGGUUGGCCAUUAUUAGCGUUUAUGCUAGCUGCACUCUUGAUUUAUAGAAAGAUGUUUACAGGGGAGCAGAAAACACUAGAUAUGAUAUACAAGCAAGCUCCUCGGGAACUUUUGCAGUUGAUGUCACCGCUGAAUCCUUUACCUUCACAAUUGAGGUAUCUUCAGUACAUAUCAAGAAGAAAUGUUGGCUCAGAAUGGCCUCCUCUUGAUAGGGCACUUACUUUGGACUGUGUAAUUAUAAGACUCGUUCCUAAUAUGGGUGGAGAGGGUGGCUGCCGUCCUAUAUUUAGGAUAUAUGGACAGGACCCUUUUAUUCCUGCAGAUCGAACUCCCAAAGUUCUCUUUUCAACUCCAAAAAGGAGCAAACUUGUCCGCUAUUACAAGCAGGCUGAUUGUGAACUAGUUAAGAUUGACAUCCAUUGUCAUGUUCAAGGUGAUGUCGUUUUUGAGUGUAUUCAUCUGAACAGUGAUUUAGAGCAUGAAGAAAUGAUGUUUCGGGUGAUGUUUAAUACAGCAUUCAUAAGAUCAAAUAUUUUGAUGCUUAACCGUGAUGAGCUUGACAUAUUAUGGAAUGCUAAAGACUACUUUCCUAAAAACUUUAGAGUGGAGGUUCUUUUCUCAGAUAUGGAUGCUUCGUCUUCUGUUAUUUCAAUUGAUCUGCCUCAUGUUGAGGAGAAAGAAGGCCUACCCGUUGAAGCAUUUGCUAAGGUCAAGGAAAUUUUCAGCAAUGUGGACUGGCUAGAUUCAAAGGCAGAGGUAGCAAGUGUGCUCCAACAGAUCACAGCAUCAAAUAUCUUUCUUGAAAGACUGGACAGUGGGAUUUCUGCUUCAACAAGUGGCUUGCAAAAGGAGUCAUCUGGAAAAUCUAAACUUGAUUCGAAGGAACACAGUGACUCAAAGAAUCUGACUUCAACAGUUCAGGAGAAACAUUCUACGUCCUCCUUGGGAUCAUCAGUUGAUGUUCCUAUGGAAAAUAAGACAGAACUAUUACAAUUAAAGGCAUUGUCAGGAAAUAACGUUGAGAGUCUUGAAUGUUUAGGUCAGGGGGACCAACCUAUUCCCUCAUUUGGGCCCUCAACAGAUUCAGAUUCUACUAAAAAGGCACGAAAUGAUUCAAAGAAUCUGACUUCAACAGUUCAGGAGAAAGUUUCCACAUCCUCCUUGGGAUCAUCAGUGGAUGUUCCUAUGGAAAAUAAGACAGAAUCAUUACAAUCAAAGGCAUUGUCAGGAAAUAACAUUGAGAGUCUUGAAUGUAUAGGUCAGGGGAACCAACCUAUUCCCUCAUUUGGGCCCUCAACAGAUUCAGAUUCUAUUAAAAAGGAGGUUGAAUCAUUAGAAACAAAACAAUCAUUAGAAAAUGAUACCAAGUUUACUGCAUCUACGGCUCACGAGAAUCGAUCCAUCCCCUUAAGUGAGCCAUCAAUGGAUUCAAACUUAAUAAAAAAGAAGAGUGGAUCAUUAGAAUCCAAGGAGAAGGAUAUUAAGUCAUUAGCAUCAAAGGCAUUGGUGGAAAACAAUACCAAGGUUCCUACAUCCAUGGCUCAUGGGGAGCAGUCUAUGCCCUUAAUUGAACCAUCAAAAGAUGCAAAUUCAAUGAAACAAAAGAUGGAACGAUUAGAUUCAAAGGAAAAGGAUACCGAAUCAUUAGAAUCCAAGUCAUUGUUGGAAAAUGAUACCAACUAUCCUCCAUCUAUGGCUCAUGGGAAACAAUCUUUUCCCUUAAUUCAACCAUCGACUGAUGCAAAUUCAGUGAAAAAGAUGGGACAAUUAGAACAAAUGGUAUUGCCGGAAAAUGAUGUCAAGAGUGUCACAUCCACAGUUCAGAGGAAACAAUAUGGUCCCUUACUUGAGCCACCUGUUGAUGCAAACCUAAUUAAAAAGAAGAUUGAACCUCAAGAAUUGCAGGUUGCACUUCAGCUUCCCACUCAAUCUAAAAUAAUUUCACCACGGGUGCGUUCAGCUGUUCGAUCUGCUUCAGCUUCUUUUUUUAACUCCUUGCAAGGUUCACCUGUAGCUAUCUCAAGGUAUCAUAGUGCACCAUCAUCUCUUGGAAUAACAUCUGUGUUGCAGGAUCAUGCACCAAUGGAUAUCAAAGAAGUCACUCAUGCAGUGAAAGUAUCUCCUCCGCCUUCUACUUUGCCUCCUUUAGACUCCAAGGUGCCAAAUUCUUUAGAGCCUAGUUCUACAAUUGUUCCUCCAACAUCAUCACCACCAUUGCUUCCAUCUUUACCAUUAAAAACUUCAGUUGAUGCUCUUACUGCCAUGGAAAAGACUUUUGGAUCCAUUGCUCCUGCAGCUGUCACUCCUCCUCCACCACCACCACCACCACCACCUCCUCCUCAGAGCGAGCAUACUUCAAAAUUGAUGCAAUCUAAUGCUACACAGUACCCUGAAAAUGCAACGCAUGAUGAAGGUAAGAAAUCAUUGGUUAGUCCUCCUCCUCCUCCGCCCCUUUCAAUGCCAGCUCCUCCAACCAAGUCUUUAUCCCAUCCUCCAGCCCCUUCCCUUCCUGGAACAUCACUUGCCACUGCCAAAGAUUCAUUUAAAGGUCCUCCUCCACCACCGCCUCCACCUACACCUCCAUCUUCAACUAAUCAGGCUUCGUCAUCCUCGAUACCUCCUCCUCCUCCACUGUCUGGGUUUCCUUCUUCAGCCUCCCACCCUCUUUCUUCUUCAUCGAGUAUGAGCAAGUCUGUUGGUACGCCUGGCCCUCCUCCCCCACCUCCACCUCCUAGCCAUUCUAGUUCUACUCCAUCACCAUUAGCGCCACCACCACCCCCUCCUCCAGCUUCUGCAUCCCAGAAUUCUUUGUCUAAGAACUCCGCAAAUGUUCCACCUCCCCCACCUCCUCUUGCUGCCAAUGGGUUGUCAAAACCUGCUGUUCCCGGACCACCUUCUGCUCCAUUCGGUGCAAAGGGACGUGGCAGCCUGUUGCGUGCUAAUCCAAAAGGUCAGUCUCAGACUAAAAGGAGCAAUCUGAAACCUUACCAUUGGUUAAAAUUAACGAGGGCAAUGCAAGGAAGCUUAUGGGCUGAGACACAGAAACUAGAUGAAUUUUGUAGGGCUCCAGAGUUUGACAUGUCAGAACUUGAGAGUUUGUUCUCUGCAGCUGCACCAAAUUCUAAUGAUGGAAAAGGAGGAAAGAUGACUCGCCGCUCCUCACUUAAAGUUGACAAAGUUCAAUUGAUUGAGCUCAGGCGGGCAUAUAACUGUGAGAUCAUGCUUACAAAAGUCAAAAUCCCUUUGCCUGAUCUGAUGUGUGCUGUGCUUGCAUUGGAUGAUUCAGUAUUGGAUGUUGAUCAAGUUGAGAACCUCAUAAAAUUCUCUCCAACCAAAGAAGAGAUGGAAAUGCUGAAGAACUAUAAUGGGGAUAAGGACAACUUGGGAAAGUGUGAACAGUUCUUCUUAGAAUUAAUGAAAGUGCCAAGAGUGGAAAACAAGCUAAGAGUUUUCGCUUUUAAGAUGCAAUUCUUAACCCAGGUUUCAGAGCUUAAAAGGGACUUGAAUAUUGUAAAUGAUGCAUCUGAACAGAUAAGGAAUUCAGUCAAGUUGAAAAGAAUCAUGCAGACCAUUCUUUCUCUGGGUAAUGCUUUGAACCAUGGAACUGCAAGAGGUUCGGCUGUGGGGUUUCGAUUGGAUAGUCUCCUUAAACUCACUGAUACACGUGCCAGAAACAACAAGAUGACUCUUAUGCAUUAUCUUUGUAAGGUGCUUGCUGAAAAGCUUCCAGAACUUCUAGAUUUCCACAAAGACCUAGGGAGUUUGGAGGCUGCAACCAAGAUACAAUUAAAAUAUUUGGCAGAGGAAAUGCAAGCUGUUAGUAAAGGACUGGAGAAAGUAGUUCAGGAAUUGACUGCAUCAGAGAAUGAUGGACCUGUGUCAGAAAAUUUCUGCCAGAUUUUGAAGGAAUUUCUUUCUUAUGCUGAGGCUGAAGUGAGGUCUUUGGCUCAACUAUAUGCCAAUGUGGGUAGAAAUGCAGAUGCAUUGGCUUUGUACUUUGGUGAAGAUCCAGCACGUGUCCCAUUUGAACAAGUUGUAUCUACUCUCCUCAACUUUGUGAGAAUGUUCAUAAAAGCGCAUGAAGAAAAUUGCAAGCAGAUUGAAUUAGAAAAAAAGAGAGCAGAUAAGGAAGCUGAAAGUGAGAAGUCGAAGCUAGCUGCUGCUAAAAAGGAGUCUGAACAGAUGUUAGGGACCACCAUAAAGAGUGGGAAUAUUAAAUGAUAAGAUCUUUUAAGGCCUCAAAAUAAGUGUUGCUCCACAGUGAUAAAGUUGCCAUCUGAUUGGAUGAAGAGAACCCUUUGCACAAGUGCAAAGUCAUCUUGUUCCUCACUGCAUUUACACUGAUGAUUACCUAAUAACUGAAGUUCUCUAAUGCAAGAAAUUUGAUGCCCAUGGCGUAUGGCUGAGGAUUAUAUUCAUGUUAAGUAGUAAUUCUUCUCAAAGCUCGUUUUAUGUCGAGAUCUUUACACGGCAUAGUCACUGAGUUUUUUAAUUAAACUUCAUUUAACUGUCAAUUUGUUCCAUGUCCAGCAGAAAAGCAGUUUUUUAUGGUGUUCACUUCUGUGAGAAGUGAACUAUUUCAGUGUACAAAGUAUUUGAUUUAGUUUUUCCUCUGCCAGUCCAAAAUUGUGUACUCACAUUAGCGAUGUAAAUGUUGUUGAUCCAGUGGUAUAUUUUUCCUCCCUAAUAAGAUAGAGUAGUAUUUAAGUUUUGCUUAAAAACUUGAGUUCUUAGAGGCACCUAUACUGAGAGUUUUCAUUUAAUGCCCUUAUGCUCUAUACGUACAUUGAUGAAGGCAAAUGCUUUGUUGUAAAUAUUGAACUAUUUGUUAGAAUACAUGUUAUUCAUUUAACUAA